UAAUAUGUACCUGUCAGGAAAACAUCGUCUGCUACACGCGCUAAACGUAAAUAAACUAUUAUUUUCAAUUGUCAAUAAAGAAAUCUAUUGACAAUAUGAAAUACAACGUAAUUAUAAGAACUCGGUCUGCAAAUCUAAUUAAUAAUGUUAUUUUUAAACAAAUUCCUCGAACAUAUGCAUCAGCUGGUUUGGGUUUGUGGGAUAAGAUAAUCGAUACGGACAUAAAACAUAAAAUUGAAGAAUAUUGGAAGGAAAAAGUGAAUUUAGUUAAUCAAAAUCAGGAUGGAAAAGAAAAAGAUAAAUUUUACGUACUUUCAAUGUUUCCAUAUCCAUCUGGUUCACUUCACAUGGGUCACGUUCGUGUGUACGCAAUCAGUGAUUCCGUUGCUCGUUUUCACAGAUUGAAUGGUAAACGUGUCAUACAUCCAAUGGGAUGGGACGCUUUUGGUUUGCCUGCCGAAAAUGCAGCUAUAGAAAGACAAAUUGAUCCUGCAGAAUGGACAAAUCAAAAUAUUAAAGUGAUGCGAGAGCAAUUAAAAAAAUUAGGCUGUCUAUUUGAUUGGGAUAGAGAAUUUGCCACUUGUGAUCCAGAUUAUUAUAAAUGGACACAGGAACUAUUCAUAAAACUAUUCGAAAGAGAACUUGUUUAUCAAAAUGAAUCGUAUGUGAAUUGGGAUCCUGUUGAUCAAACCGUUUUAGCCGAUGAACAAGUCGAUGAAAAUAAUCGUUCCUGGCGAUCAGGCGCCAAAGUUGAGAAAAAACUUCUUAGGCAAUGGUUUAUUAAAACAACUGCUUUUUCCAAGCAAUUAUUAGACGGUUUGAAUGAUCCUAUUUUAAAGGAAUGGAGAGACGUUAUAAAAAUUCAACAAAAUUGGAUUGGCAAAUGUAAUGGUACAAAUAUUAAAUUUGAAUUAAUUUCCGAAAUUAAAGGAUAUCCAAAAAGUCUCACACUCUGGACAGAUAAACCCGAAUAUAUAAAAGAUGCAAAAUUUUUAGCAAUUUCAAAUAGUAAUUUACUAUGUAAACAAGAAGGAAUUGAGGCUAUUGAUGAUUAUCAAAUUUUAAAUGCUAAAAUUAUAAAUCCUUUUACAAAUGAAGAAUUACCGAUAUAUGUUACAAAUCUUAUUCAAUUUCCAUCAUUAAAUAGAGAUGAUCAUUUAGGAAUUCCUGUAGCAUCGGAAGAAGAUGCGGAAUUUUGUAAAAUUGUUGGAAUACAAUAUGAAUCUGAUAUUAAUCAACUUAACAAUGAAGAGAGAGAAUUGAGACGUGAACAAAUAUUGAAUGAGGCGAAAAAAUUAAAAAUUGGAGGAUACCCUGUGAGUCAACAUAUUAAAGACUGGUUAAUUUCUAGACAACGAUAUUGGGGAACUCCUAUUCCAAUUAUUCAUUGUGAUUCAUGUGGUCCACGUCCAGUUCAUCGUAAUGAACUGCCUGUUAUUUUGCCGAAAUUAAAUCGUUCUUUAAAAAAUAAAAAAGCAUCUUUAUUUGAAGCUACCGAUUGGCUAAAAACGUCAUGUCCAAAUUGUGGUAAAGAUGCAGUGAGAGAAGCCGAUACAAUGGAUACAUUUGUUGAUAGUUCCUGGUAUUUUAUGAGAUUUAUCGAUUCAAAAAAUCAAAAAGAAAUGUUUUCACAGGAAAAAGCUAGAGAAAAUUUGCCCGUCGAUCUCUAUAUUGGUGGAAAGGAACACGCUGCAUUGCAUUUAUAUUAUGCUCGUUUUAUAAAUCAUUUUCUUUACUCGGAAGGACUUGUUCCAACUCGAGAGCCUUUCAAACAACUUUUGGUCCAGGGAAUGGUAAAGGGAUUGUCAUUUCAAGAGAAAAGUAGUGGUAAAUAUCUUAAAGAAGAUCAAGUUCAAAAAAUUGGUAAAGACUAUGUCGAAAAGGAAACAAACUUGCCAGUUAAAAGUAAAUGGGAAAAAAUGUCCAAAUCUAAGUACAAUGGUGUUGAUCCUUCUGAAAUGAUCUCUAAUUAUAGUAUUGACACUAUAAGAUUGUUAAUCCUUGGUGAUGUAGCUCCAACAUCUCAUCGAAAUUGGUCAACGGACACAUUUCCUGGUAUUUUGAAUUGGCAAAAAAGACUUUGGCUCUUGGUGAAGGAUUUUAUAAAAUUGAGAAGUACCUUAACAGAGAAAGAGCUAAAGACAAAGCCAGAGGGAAAACAAUUUGAAGACGAUGAUUAUUAUAUGUUUGAUAGUAGAAAUUAUUAUAUUAAAGGAGUUACUUUUAAUAUCACGGGAUCUCAACAAUUAAGUGUCGCAAUAUCAAAAAUGCAAGGUCUUACAAACAGUUUACGUAAAAUAUCAAAAUUAUGUCUCAUAAGAAGUCCUCAGUUCGAAAGAGCAUUAGCUGUACAAAUAAUAAUGUUAGCUCCAUUAGCACCUCAUUUCGCAUCAGAAUUAUGGUCGGGAUUUUGUUCAGCUCCUCAUCGAAUGUCGUGUGACGAAACAAUACAAUGGGACAAGGAUGUUCUUGAACAAUGUUGGCCGCAAAUUGACAUGAAUUAUAAUAUGCUAUUACGUGUUUUUAUGAAUAAUGCAGAUAUUACUUUUGUAAAAGUUACAAGAAAAGAUUUAGAAAGUCUCUCCACCGAUCAAGCGCUGGAAUUAAUAAUGAAAGAUUCAAAAGUUAUAAAUCAAUUGAAAAAAUUGACAAUAACUGAUGUUAAUUUACAUGUUGAAUCUGGUUACGAUGGAAGAAUAUAUCUUACAACAGAAAAAUUAAAUGAGGAACUUGCACAAAAAGGUAUAUCAAGUCACUCCAAGUGGGCGAUUUCAGAUUUGAAAAAUGAAGAGUACAAAGAAAGAAGAAAUCCAUGAAGAUAAGGAAAAUUUAAUAGAAAUACUGUCUUCUCCAGGAUGAAUUUUCACUAUUGAGUGGCAUUCUUCAUAAUAGCUCAUCUCAUAUUCCGGACGAUCAUCUUCCAAUGAUGUACAAAGACAAUUUUUUUUCCCCUCUAAUGAUCAAAAUGAAUUUUAAAUCAUCAAAAGCUGAAUUUUUAAAAUUGUAUUUUAAUGGAAAUCAGAAAUUAUGAACAAGGAAUAGAUGACAAUUUUAAAUGGAUGGAUAAAAAGAUACUGGAUGAUGUAAUAUUACAUAAAAUAGAUGACCAAUUUGAUAAUUCAUUGAAAUUAUAAGUGGCAAGAAUGUCUUUCGUUCGUGGAUCAAUUACACUAAUUCCAUUUCGAUUGACUGCUAUUAAAACCAAUUCUGGAAAACUUGGUUCAGUUGUCUGUUUCACUUCAAAGAAAG